AGGACGUCGAACUGGCGUGGCUGGAGCGGACUUUGGAGGAUGAAGAUCCUGCAAAUAAACCUCCAACAUUCUAAGGCGGCGUCCGCAAAUCUCCUUAUCCACCUUGAGCAAGGUGGAGCCGAUGUAGUCCUGAUCCAGGAGCCGUGGCUAAGCAGUAGCGGUAUCUCCGGGAUCAGGACGCCUAAUUUCAAGCUGAUGGUGCAGAAUCAAGCAGGUAGACCAAGAUCCUGCAUGCUCAUCAGAAACGAACUCAAAGCACUAAUUCUACCUAAUUUCAGCAACGAGGACAUUGUGACUGUCAGCCUGGAUAGCGGUGCCGGAAAGCUCUGGAUCAUAUCCGCUUACAUGGCUCAUGAUGACGAGGUGGAACCACCUCCAUUACUGCUGCGUGAAGCCAUAGCCGAAGCGAGGCGACGGAAAGCCGACGUAAUUAUUGGGUCGGAUGCAAAUUCACGACAUUCGUGCUGGGGAAGCUCAGACAUAAAUGCAAGAGGUGAGUCACUUUUUGAUUAUAUUCUAAGUGUAGACUUAUGUAUCUGUAAUAGAGGAAACGAACCGACCUUUAUCACCGCGGCAAGGCAAGAGGUCCUUGACCUCACCCUAGCCUCGUCUUCUGUAAUAUCCCGCGUUUCUGACUGGAGGGUUCUUAAUGAUCACUCCUUUUCGGACCAUAGGUAUAUUCAGUUUUUUCUGGACGAAGAUCGUCCCAAAAGUAUCCCCUUUAGGAACCUUAGGAGAACAAAUUGGGACCUCUAUAGUAAAAAACUUCGGGAAUUACUCCCAGAGGCCCCCCAGGAGAGCUUAAGCACCGAAGGCUCGAUUGAUGUUAUGGUGGAAAAGUUUACAUCAGCUU